AUGGGCCACGAAAAGAACGGUUCUAGCAGUGAUGACAAACAAUCUGCUGUCAACACCACCAACCAAACGGCAGAUAUCGAGAAGCAAGAUGAGAAAGCAAAGGAACGAACUUUGAGGGCGGUGGCUGCAACUGCACCAGGAGCGGUUCAGACUCCUCUUUCUCCGGCACCCAGUACCGGUACCCGAAGAAGUACCGGCGGAUCCUCCCAACGAACCAGCCGUUCGCUCACUGAUCAACUAUUGUCACCAACCCGAAGCAUGAUGAAGAAUGGACCACCGAGGGUUCCCACAAGAACUCUAGAUGAAUUUAGCGAUGACAAUGAUGGUGAUGAUUUGAGUGAGGAUGAAGAGACUGCUCCAGGAGCCGUCCGUGUGAGCUACUCCAUCCCACCAUCUCCUGCGACUUAUGCGCAAAGCAUGCACACGAAUACCACUAGCGACGAUGAUGACGACGAUGAUGAAGUCAUGUCGCUGGGCGCUGAGUUUACCUGUCCACCAUUGACUGCUGAAGCGGUUCCCGCAGACGAUGAAGCUGAACGAAUCCGUGAAUUGCGAGAACACAACGAAGCCUUGCAAAGGCAGAUGCAAGAGGCUUUGGAAAACGAACGAAAGGCACGAGCAGAAGUGAAACAAAUUGCUGCAGCGCCAUCGGCUGAUGUGACUGUAGUCAGUGGAGACGUUGAGGAUAGCGAAAACUUUAGCAUGGCUCGUACUGCUUCUUACACUCCACAAAAGGUACAACCAGCGAUAGAAGUGACCAAAGCCGACGACACCAGCCGACGAAAGACCUAUCUGAUCAUGAUGGUUUGUGUUGUAUUGUUUCUGGCUGGCAUUGCUGCGGGAACACUCUUGGGUAUGAAGGACGAGAAAGUGAUCAUGAUGAGUGAAGAUUCUUCGGAAGCGAUUCGUAUGCGAACCGACUACCUCAAGGUUGUACUCCAAGAACACGAACCACUCAACGAGCAGGCCUUUCAUUAUCUCACCGAAUUCGAUGAAUGGAAGCCCGAGUCCACUCCUGAAGACUACCUGGAAGAGGACGAAGGGUCGCCUGAGAAGACUGCCAGAGAACGACAAUGGUUGGAGCGAUACGCUCUUGCAGUCCUUUAUUAUUCCACCAAUGGAGACACUGCCUGGGAAACCACCUUUGGUUGGUUGUCACCCAUCAAUUCUCAUUGCUCCACGCGCAUGAACAAGUGGCUAGGAGUGUGGUGUUCGGAAGACUCCGUCAUUUACAUGGAACUUGGAAACAAUGCCAUGGACGGUACCAUUCCCACCGAAAUUAAUCUAUUGAGUAACCUUGGCUACCUAAACCUGGAAGACCAAAUGAUCACGGGAUCCAUCCCGGAACUUCCAGCAAGUCUUACCUCACUGAAGCUUGGAAACAACCAGCUCACUGGAUCUAUUCCAGUCUUGCCGGAACUUGAUGAAUGCGAUCUAUCGGCCAACAGCUUUGUCAACACUCUUAAUGGGGAAAUUCGAGGUUGUUCCCUGUAG